AGGCACUGCAUGUUGGUGCCAUGCUGGUGAGAUACGGGUACGUUUACCCCCUGAAGGAGCCGAGAUCUCUUGUGCUACGGCCCGAUGAGUCGCCCUACCGCUUCCAGACUCCUUACUUCUGGACUAGCACCCGGUGGCCUGCCUCAGAGCUGGACUAUGCAAUCUAUUUGGCUAAAAAAAACAUAAGGAAACAAGGAGAACUAAUGGAAUAUGAGAAGGAGAGGUACAGUGUGUUGCACAAGAGGAUCAACCACACAUGGGACUUUGUGGUGAUGCAAGCCAGAGAGCAACUUAGAGCAUCCAAACAGAGGCGGAAGGCUGACCGCAUUGUUCUAGAAUGUCAGGAGCAGGCUUACUGGCUCAUCAACAGACCCCCGCCUGGGGCAUUUAAUGUGUUGGACAUGGGUCUGGAGAGACUAAAUAACAGCUCAAGAGUUACACUGAACUAGAACAGCGACUACUACAAAAGUGAGAUCGAAACCUGUAGACGGGCCCUUGGAAGAAACCGUGUAAAGUCAUCCAUCUGCCUAGAAGGUUUUGUGAAAUACAGCGAGCAGUACCUGAACCACGAUCCCAUUAUGCAAGGCUGCCUUCCCAGUAACCCCUGGAUCUCUGAUGACACCGCACAUUGGACAAUGAAUGCAGAAGUGGUGCCCUUACCAACACGUCUCCGAGUGGAACGUUGGAGCUUCAGCUUCAUGGAGCUUCUUAAUGACUCCAUGGGGAGGCGGGAGUUCAUGACCUACCUGGAGAAAGAGUUUAGUGCGGAGAACCUGUGUUUCUGGCAGGCCUGUGAGGAUAUUAAACAUGGAGAAAAUUCCAGGAUUAUUGAGAAAGUGGAGGAUAUUUACAAAAAUUUCCUGGCUCCUGGAGCUGCCCGUUGGGUGAACAUCGACAGUAAGACGAUGGAUAAAACUCUAGACGGGAUCAGACACCCACAUCGAUUUGUCAUGGACGACGCACAAAUGCACAUCUACUUUCUCAUGAAGAAGGACUCUUACCCAAGAUAUCUUAAGUCUGACUUAUACAAGAACAUGCUGGCCAAAGCUGUUGUCCCCCAGGAGACAAAGAAAAGUGUGUUUCCCUUCAUGAGACGCCAGCGGCACGCUAGCCCCUCCCCCGCUCAGGCUGUCGCCCCGGAAGAUGGACAGGCCAAGGGGGCCGGGCAAGCAGGUACCAACUCUGCAGCCGGUUCCCAAACCUGAUGCCAGGCCCAAAAAAACGUGUCAGUCUCAAUCACCUGAGUCUCCAUUGUAUCUGUUGGUCACCAUAGCAACCACCCAAGGAGUUGCUUUUUCUUUACAGUCCUACUGUCUGUGUGAAAGCCAGAGCUUUUCUUUCACCGCUGCAACAUAACCAGAGCUAGGAUUUCAGUGUUAGAGCUUCCUCUCAGAUCACAGGUGUAAAUGCAUACUCAGCAGCAUCACAUUUUAUUCCCACAGCACGAGCAGUGAAUAGAGAAAAAAGAGCUUUUAGUGCUACCGUUACAGCAUAGUCAUCCUGCAUCCCAUCUCAGUCCAAAAAGUCUGUCCUGUUUUUCUUGAUAUUGAUUCCUAACACCAAAUCUUCCUUUUCCAAGAAUCUGUUCUCUAUCUCAUACGCAGUUUUAGAAAAAAAGGUUUAUAGAUCAAUAGAGAUGUAAAAUAUGUAUUUAGUCAAAAAUUUGCCUCAGCAUGUAUGUGAUUAUCGUACAGUUUGCUUAAUUUGUUCAUUCCAUGGCCGAGCUUCACAUUGUGAUGGUUGUUGCUGUUAAUUUAGCUUGAGCAUGUUUUCAUCUCAAUAAAA